CAAGCUUUGCCCCUGCCGGUUCUGUGUCAGUUCCUCCUCAUCACUAGAAAGCCCAGUGAGUCUUAAUUCACACUGGGAUUCCUGCAGCUUCUGAGCAUUGGGAUGAGGGGAGACUCCUACUUGUUUGGAAUGCGAGGCCUCGGGCACUAUGGCUGCAUCCCAGAGGAUGGAGGACAGUUCUUACUCUACUCUAUAAACGGUGACAGCGAUUUAAAGAGAUGUUUUACAGAGGAAGAUUUUCAUGAAAUCAUUGACUUCAACGACCUCCCAAAUUCUCUCUUUGCCUGUAAUGUUCACCAGUCCGUGUUUGAAAGCGUGGACAGUAAGGAAAAAUUUGAAGGCCUGUUCCGUGCCUACGACGACUGUGUGACAUUCCAGCUGUUUAAGAGCUUCAGACGCGUGCGGAUAAAUUUUAGUAGUCCCAAAUCAGCUGCUCGUGCCAGAAUAGAGCUGCAUGAAACACAGUUCAGAGGAAAGAAGUUAAAGUUGUAUUUCGCGCAGAUUCAGACCUCUGAGACAGAUGGAGACAAGCUUCAUUUGGCUCCGCCACAGCCUGCAAAACAGUUUCUCAUCUCGCCUCCAGCCUCCCCACCUGUAGGGUGGCAGCCCAUAGACGAUGCAACACCUGUCAUCAACUACGACCUCCUCUAUGCAGUUUCUAAGCUAGGACCAGGAGAGAAAUACGAGCUACAUGCAGGAACAGAAUCCACCCCCAGCGUGGUAGUGCACGUCUGUGACAGUGACAUGGAAGAAGAUGAGGACCCAAAGAAUUCUCCAAAGCCAAAAAUCAUUCAAACUCGGCGCCCUGGCCUUCCACCUCCUGUAUCUAACUGAGCCCCCCGGCAGCAGCGGCCCUUCUCUCCUCCAGCACAGCUCUUGGGUUUUUUGUUUGCUUUCUUUUUCUUUUCUUCUUUUCAUUUUCGAAGGCAGACGUUGCCUUUUGAGUACCAGGACAAUAAGCUUAAAAUCCCUGUGCAGUAAUCAAGCCUGUGUAACAAAAGGGCUAGGGAAAAAAAAAAAAGAUCUUUGUAAUAUGUAACCAUAUCACACACC